GAGUUUCCGGAGAGUUGCGGGGAGAGUUUCCGGAGAGUUGCGGAGAGUUGCUGCGGGGAGUUGCCGGGGAGUUCCCGAAGAGUGGAAUCCCGACAAUGGCAUCACUGACUGCAUGUCGCGUGGCCUCGGUGCUGUUGGUGAUCAUCAGCAGCAGCAGCAUCAGCAGCAGCGCGUCCGGGGUGACCUCGCUGGGCGCGGACGAUGCCCUGCCGAUGGGAAUUUUCUCAGACGCCGCGGGACGCUGGGAGGAAGCGGAGGGCAACGCGUUGGGGGGUGGAGGAGGAGGUGGAGGAGGAGGAGGAGGUGGAGGAGGAGGUGGAGGAGGUGGAGCAGAGGCUACGCUGCCAAGCCGCGGGGAUACCAACCACAGCACGGCGUACUCUGGCUCCCGCCUGCGCCAGGAGGACUCCCCGCCUCGGAUCGCCGAGCAUCCCUCCGACCUGAUCGUGUCGCGGGGCGAGCCGGCGACCCUCAACUGCAAGGCGGAGGGGCGUCCCCCUCCCAGCGUCGAGUGGUACAAGGACGGCGAGCGCGUGGACACCGACCGCGACGAUCCACACUCGCACCGCAUGCUGCUGCCCGACGGUUCGCUCUUCUUCCUGCGCGUGGUGCACGGCCGUCGGGGCAACCGGCCGGACGAGGGGACGUACGCGUGCGUGGCGCGCAACUACCUGGGGGAGGCCGUGAGCCGGAACGCCUCGCUCGAGGUGGCCGUCCUCCGCGACGACUUCCGCCAGAGCCCGGCGGACGCGGUGGUGGCCGUGGGCGAGCCGGCCGUGCUCGAGUGCCACCCGCCACGCGGGCACCCAGAGCCCACCGUCGCCUGGCGCAAGGACGGCGCAACGCUGGCGACACGUGACGAGCGCGUCACGACGCGCGGCGGCAAGCUGAUGAUCUCGAGCGCGCGGAAGAGCGAUGCGGGAAAGUACGUCUGUGUUGGUACCAACAUGGUGGGCGAGAGGGAGAGCGAGGUGGCCGAACUCUCCGUCCUCGAGCGUCCCUCGUUCACCCGCCGACCCGUGCCACUGGUGCGGCUGCUGGACGAGAGCGCCGAGUUUGCGUGCGAGGCGCGAGGCGACCCCCUGCCGACCGUGCGCUGGCGGAAGGACGACGCCGAGCUGCCCAGGGGCAGGCACGAGAUCGUGGAGGAGCACACUCUGCGGCUGCGGCGGAUCGCGAGUGGCGACGAGGGGGCGUACUCCUGCAUCGCGGAGAACAUCGUGGGGCGGGCAGAGGCCUCAGCCACGCUCACCGUGCACGCUCCCCCGCGCUUCGUGGUCCGACCCAGGGACCAGGUGGCCGUGGUGGGUCACAGCGUCUCCUUCCGCUGCGAGACCACUGGGAACCCUCCGCCCGCUGUCUUCUGGAGACGCGACGGCGGGCAGACGCUGCUGUUCCCGAACCAGCCCCCCCAGCCGGGCAGCCGCUACUCGGUGUCGCAGAGCGGGGAGUUGUCCAUCGUGGACGUGCGGCUCACGGACGCCGCCUCCUACAGCUGCCAGGCGCUCAGCGUGGCCGGGAGCGUCCUGGCCAAGGCCGUCCUGGAGGUGGCCGAUGGCCUAAGCGAACGCCCCCUGCCACUCAUCCUCCAGUCGCCCAGCAACCACACGGCGCUGGUGGGCGGCAGCGUGCGAUUGGUCUGCCGGGCGGUCGGGGCCCCGCCGCCCGCCGUCCAUUGGCUGAGGGGCGGCUCGCGAACUUUCACCCUCGACCCGCGGGUCACGGAGCCCGACGAGGGCGUGGUGCAAUUGAGCGACGUCAAGCCGGAGGAUGCGGGGCCGUACACGUGCGUGGCCGCCAACGUGCACGGGGAGACGAGCGCCGUGGCCUUCGUGGACGUGAAGGAGUACACGGGUCUCAUUGGUCAGGGCCGCACCGCUGACCUCAGCAAGGUCCCCUCUCCUCCCAGCAAGCCUGAGGUCACAGGGGUCACGCGAACCUCCGUCACUCUCACGUGGCAACCCAGCGGCCCCGUGCCCACCACCUCCUACGUCGUCGAAGCCUACAGCAGCCAGUCGCUGGGUGGCGCUUGGCUGACGGUGGGCGAGGGGGUGGAGACCACGACCCUGGUGGUGCGUGGCCUGCGAUCCAACUCCGUCUACAUAUUCCUCGUCCGAGCCGCCAACCCACACGGACUCAGCCAGCCGAGCGCACUCUCGGAUCCCGUGCACACGCAAGACGUCCGCCCCACGGGACACUCCGUCGACCCGCCGGACAUGAAGAGCGUUCUGGGGGACGCCGUUAUCCGCCUCCUCAACCCCGUCACCAUCUCCUCCUCCUCCGCGCAGCUCCACUGGACGGUUGAGAAGCCUUCGCCGCUCCUCCACGGAUUCCAGGUGCUCUACCGCCUCGUCGGCCGCGGCGACGAGGGCGACGACGAGGGCGACGACGAGGUCGCCGGCGCCGGUGGCGGCGGCGGGUCGCCGUGGAUGAGCGAGGAGGUGCGCGGGCCUUCCGAGAGGGCCGCCGUGCUAUCGGGCCUCCGCAAGGGGGCCGCGUACCGCGUGAAGGUGCGGCCCUUCCACGGUGACGUGCGCGGCGAUGCCAGCGCCGGGCGGACGCUCCGGACGCCCGAAGAAGCCCCCGGCGCCCCCCCACAGGAAGUUCGUCUGCAUCCCUUCACCGAGGAGAACAACACCGGGGUGCUGGUUUCCUGGCAGCCACCUCCGGAGGAGCAGCACAACGGCGUGCUGACAGAGUACAAGGUGUGGUGUGGGGGUAACGACAGUCGUCUGCCUGUGAUCCGCUCUGUGGACGGCAGCACGUUGUCGCUCGCCAUCCCGCGCCUCUUGGGCGGCGUGCGCUACGGCCUCACCGUCGCCGCGGGCAACGCGGCCGGAGUCGGACCGCACAGCGAGCCCGCCUACGUGUUGCUAGACGCGACGUCGCUGAGUGGCCCGCUGGAGCCGGGUGACAACGUGAGCCUGGCUGAGCAGAUCUCGGACGUGGUGCGCCGGCCGGCGUUCAUCGCCGGCAUCGGCACGGCGUGCUGGGUCGUGCUCAUGGUGUUCAGUGUGUGGCUCUACCGGCAGCGGAAGAAGCGAGCGGGGCUGCUCGGCUCGUCCUACGCCUCCACCAGCAAGGUUCCGUCUUUCACAUUCACGCCGUCAGUGACGUAUCAACGCGGCGAAGGCAACAACAGCACUGGCAGGUCGGGCCUGAUGCACGUGGACGCGUCUCACCACUGGCUGGCCGACACGUGGCCCACUGCCGGGGGGGGCCACCCCCACCACCACCACGGUGACUGUGCCCUCAGCUGCUGUGCCACCGCCGGAGUCAGCAGCGACAGCAACCUCACAAACGACCACCUGCCCAACUUCUCCCAGCUGGAGGUGGGCAAGGACCGGGACCUGGGCUGCCCCUCCUCCUCCGAGGCGGCCCGUGACUUCAAGCCGUCGCGGGCCCUCAACGGCACGGCCGGCCUCCCCGGCGGCCUCCCCGGCGCCGCGGCCGCCGGCGGGCCUCGGUCCGCUGCCGCGUCGGCGGCCCCGGGGCCAUGA